UAUAGUUAACUAAAUUAAACAGUACACAAUUUAAUAACAGUUAAAUUAUCGUUACUUAAUAAAAACACAUUUAUAACGUAUUCCCCCAAAAAAUAAGUUAGUCCUAAGGCUCUCUCAAUGCGCUUGCCUGCAGCAGGAAGUUGUUCACUGUCGAAAUAAAAAGGUAGUUAAAUUACAUUGGUAACUUGUAUGUGUUUGUGCUAUGUAUUAUUAAAUAUAACACACUAUUGGUUAACCUUAUUUACCAAACAUAGCUCGUGAUGCUCGCGAAAGCUGGAUAAUGCGGUGAAGCGCAGAAGAAUGUUUAAUAUUUGAAUCGUGAAUGCAUGUCAUCCACUUGCAAUACAAAUCUAGAUUGAUGCUUUCCGUAAUAGCAACCCAUCAGCUGAUGCAUCCUUUUGUUUACAAUGCUCGAUCAUCUCUUUUCGGGAUGGAUUUGGUGUGGUUCCAACCAUCCAGGAUUUUGUAGUGGUACAUUUUUAAUAUUCUUUUUCAUUUUGUCGACUUGGCUCUCUGGAAUUCACGCCAGCCUAAGUUUAGGACCAGGCGGCGAAUUUCCUGGAUUUUAUGAUUUCAUCUUCUAUGCCUUACGUCAUGAGGAGUUAACCUCUUUUCUCUACAACAUCAUCCUGCUGUUGUGGCUUGGACCCUGUCAGGAGAGAAGAUGGGGCACCUUUGUCUUCCUCGCUCUCUCCUUCCUCUCAACUGUGCUUCUACCUCCCAUUUAUGCCCUCUUUCUCUUUGUCACCGGUGAUGAAGCCAGCAGGGUCAGUGGAUACUCAGCUACUCAUCUGGCCCUGUUCACAGCUCAGUGUCGCCAGGUGAAGCAGAGGAGAGUCCUGCGUCAUGUUCCUGUCUGGUUCUUGCCUUGGUUCUUCUUACUGCUCGACCUCUUCCUGCUUCCAAGUGCUCCAGGCCUGCUGCACUUUUAUGCCAUUUGCCUGGGACUCAACUACAAUAAAGAGUUCAUUGAUGUAUUGCAGCAGUUAGAAAGAAGGGGGGGUUGUGUCUGCUUGCCAAAAUGGGCCUACAUCCCAGUUACUUCUCAUCCACACCUGCCAUCUUACGUCAGUUCUUCAGAAAGACCGGAGCCUUGUGUUGAGCCAUCUCGGAUGGGACACAUGCCAUCAGUCAGUAGAUCCCAGUUGGAAGAUCAUUCACAUGUGCUGCCAUGGCAGCAUUCUGUGUCUGAGUGGCAUGAGGAGUCUUUGUUGGCAAGAGAUGUGCAUUUGCUAGAGGAGCAGAUGCUAAAGGCUGGGAUAUUAGCAUCACUACAGGAUGCACCUGAGGGUGCGGAUAAAGUUGAAGUGCCCAAGUCCUCUGUAUCCUCAUUACGGUUGCAGCAGCUGGAAAAGAUGGGUUUUCCUACAGAAAAAGCUGUUGUGGCUCUUGCUGCUACUGGGCAGCUGGAUGGAGCUAUUUCUUUACUUAUCGAUGAUCAGAUUGGGAAGGAGGCAGUGGUCAUCUCUAAAGGGAAGAAGUCACCAUCGUACUAGCUCCUGGAUAUUCAAACCAUUUAUGGAAUUUUUCCAAGUUGUUUAAUUGCACUGACUUUGGAUCAUCUCAUUACAUUACUUGCAAGUUAAGCAUGGCAUUGCUCUUGAUCUAGAAGGCAGAGAUUAAGAUUAACUGUUACUAUGCAUUAACCAGUUACUUCAUAACUCUUGGGUGGAGUCCAGUUGAUGAUGGGUGAUGUGGAAGAUUAAUAUAUUUAUAUUAUGGUGUUGGCAGCUGUUACGGUUAAAGUUGAAAUAAUGGGAAAAUGUACUCCAAGCCACGAUCAAAUUGUCCCAAUGGAUGAGACUUGGAUGUUUAUUAUGAUCCAACAAACUUCUCCAUUGACAUUGUGUCAUUAAACCCACAUUAGUAGAUUGUCACGCCAGGAGGAGCAUGUGCGUAUGUUAGUAUGUGAUCCCUAUUUUAGUUUCUUGGUAACAUAAUUACCAUAUUACUCAUAUUACCAAACAUUCAGAAAGUUUAGCUGUUUCAUUGAUGAAAAUGUGAAUUGUAUUAAAAAGGAACACAAAGUUUAUUUAUUUUUUUCAACACCAAUUGGUAAAUGCACACUGGCGAGACUAAUUCACACAGUUUUGAAAUGAAAAAAAUACAAGUGACGUUACAUGAAUUGGUAUACAGUAUAAGGAAAACAUCAACUGCUAAUAUUCAUCUAUAAAUAAUUAAUACAACAACAAUAUUUAUAUAGUAAUACAAAGACAGUCAUGGAAAGUAAGUUCUUGAGGAAGGAAUCCAGUCCUAUGCAUGUGCAUGUAGCUGUGAUGGAAAGACAUCCAUGAAACAUAAAAGAGACACACUCCCAUAGCUCAUGCAAUUGCGCCUUUGUUUUGAAAGGGUUACUGCAUGUAACAUUUUUAUGUAAUAACUGUUUAUCUAAAGUAGAGGAGAAUCAUAAAAUGUAAUUCAGAACCACAUAAACCCCUGCUCACUGGCAUCUUUUAGCAAAAAACAACUGACAAUGUUUUCAUUAAAUCGAAUCUAGCUACAGUUUCAGUCAAUUUCUAUGAGGGAGAGAAACAAAGAGGCAUUCUUCUAUUGCAAUUACAUUUAGCUAUAUUAACAACACGUUCUCACUCCCAAGGCGUCAAAGACUGAAGCAUGUGCAAGAGACCAGCACGUCAAUCUACAGACGCUAAAAGUGCCCUUUGGCGCAAGUGCGUUUUUUUCUAUGAGAAACCUUUGACGUCAACUGACUGACGUGAUGGGCGUUCCAAUUUUAACAUCGUUUAAUUAUACGUUGGGGUACAAUUUUGUCAUGGUGACUUGUUGGGGGUAUGCUUUUCAUUUCAUUUGAAAUAUGUAUGCACUGUGGUUAAUAUUUAAUCUGUUGUUUAUCUGUCUACACAUCCUGCACUGAUCCUGUUUCAUUCCAGGUGUAUUCCGAGUCUUACAAUCAUUUUAUGUAAAGAGCAAACCUAAAUGUAGGUUUUUAUUCACCGUUCACAGUCACCCGGCAUCCACUGUAACACAUCCUGUACAAGUGUUGUUAUAACCAAGGGUGUAGCCAGUGAAUUACUUUUGGGUGGGCCUCAAUAAAAAUGGAUGUGCCAAGUUUUUGGCCAAAUUUGUUUUGAGCCAAAUUUUCAUUUACAACAGAGAAGCAGCGCAUUCAAACAGUUCUUUCACACUUUCAGAAAUUAUAAUAUACGCAUUUUUUAAAACUGUUUUAUUAAUAUAUUUGAAGUAAAAAUAUCUCUAAAACCUUAAUUGGCUACGCCACUGGUUAUAACAAAUUUUAUGUGAAACGGCUUUGACGUCAGAGACUCAAGCGAUUUUACCAUUGGCUCUCGCUUGUCUCGUGACUGAUUGUCAGCUCAAUUACGAAUGUACAUGUAUAUUUUGAAUGAGAUGUGCUGGUAGAGUCAGGAUGACACAUGAUUGAGAUGAAACCUUCAGUUUCUAUAAAUAGUGUAAUGUAAAUCAGAGUGUCUUUCAUAUUUUAUAUUGUUGAUUAUUGGUUAGGUUUAGAAAUGGGGUUGGGUUAGGGGAUCUAAAAUAUUAUAUAUGAUUUUAUAAUGUAAUAUCACACUAAUAUAUUUACAAGUAUUACAAAACAUUGAGGUUAAGCACACAAAAUAAUAUUCAAAGAUUGAUAACUGACGACAAAGUUUUCUCGUUGAAAACAAUGGGGUUUCUUACCGCAUCAUGAAGAGGACGCCAAGGGGCUCCUUUGCACAAGCGUCAAAAUUGGACGCAUAUGGAAUGAGAAUGGGUUGAUAUUAAAGUUUACAAAUGUUGAGAUUGGACAUUUAUGUCCUUAACUUGUCC